AUGUUCUGCAAAAAAGACAUGAGGCAGAUUUUGGCCUGUGGCGAGUUCGGACCUCCGAUCACGGCUGUGGUCCUGAAUUGGCUGUGGCAUUUCGUCCACGGCCUUCUUCUAUCGACGAUAGUAGUUGAAGGUGUGGUAGGGGGCAUGUGCGGUUUGGCGCCGCACAUGCCUCUUGAAGCGGCGACUUCACGUGGCGGGCGAUGUCCUUAUAUACUGACUCAUGGUGGUAUAUCGGCUAUGGGUGCCAUUGUGGUCUUGGAGGAAAUCCCAACCAGCUUCCAGUGGAUGUCAUUGACGCAUGUUGCUAUCAUCACGAUCGAUGCUUUGGAUAUAUUGAAGGAAGCGAAUUUGAAAAGUUCUUUGGGAACUAUUAUUGGGUGGAUAAGAACUGGGAGGCCGUGGGAGAUAAGCAUGGCUUCAAUCUCGACUGUUCAAGCACUCGUGCAUGAACUACUGACACCAUAUCUUAGCGGAUAUUUAUUUUACAGAAAAUUGGACAAGUUCGCGGAAAAGCUUUGUAAAUGUGAUAUAAAACUUGUUGACUGCUGGGGAGGACAGUUCAAAAAGAAUUACCACGUUGAGAGAAAGCAGUGCAGGAACAAAACCUAUUAUGGGGUCUGGUGGGGAGUGAAUGAAAUGGCAGUUCACGAAGACGCAGUAGGUACAAUUUAUGACAUCGAGUAUCUGGAUUGGCGGAAAAAAGAAUAUACUGUCAGUAGCUUUUACAAUCGCUCUUGGGAUAAAAUGCUGGAGAAAAAGUGGUCAUCUGACGAUAUCAAAAAAGUCGUACCCCAGCACACAUGAGCUCUGCAAGCUCGUCUCUAUGAGGUGAUUCUAUACAAUGACGUUGAUGCUCUUUCCAUG